AUGAGCGGGAACACAGAGUUCGAAAGCAACACGUUCAGAGACAGAGAGCGAGGAAAACACACAGGGUCGACGUCAUGAAGUUCGUAUUUAAAAUUUUGCCUGCAAGUUGAAAACUGGUGAGUGUCUGACAGACAGACAGUUGCGUUAUCACGCUGGUGUCAAGAGUCGGAGGAGGAUUUCGACAGGAAUCCACCACUACAAGACAGAGCGGCUUCUUCAACAUGGACUACAGCGCUCUUCAAACUCUUCCUGCUGACAUGCAACCUUGGAUUUGAAGACUAUUUGACAGAACUCCAACUAGAGACUGAGUGUUCCAGGACAACUACAUUCCUCUGAAGAUGAACAGCAGUAACUGGACAAAGUGUGACAAGGGUGACGACUUCAAGUACCCGCUCUACAGCACCGUCUUCACACUGGUGUUUGUUGUGGGCUUCAUUUUUAAUGCUGUGGCCGUGUACAUAUUCGGCUGGACGCUGAAGCUACGAAACGAGACCACCACCUACAUGAUCAACCUGGUGGUUUCGGACUCUCUCUUUGUGCUCAGCCUUCCCUUUCGGAUUGUUUACUUCAUCAAAAGAGAAUGGCUUUUCGGAGACGCGCUCUGCAAGAUAUCGGUGACGCUGUUCUACACCAACAUGUACGGCAGCAUCCUCUUCCUCACCUGCAUCAGCAUGGACCGCUUCCUGGCCAUCGUCCACCCGUUCCGGUCACAGAGAAUUCGGACUAAGCGGAACGCCAAGCUGGCCUGCUGCGUCGUAUGGCUGAUCAUCCUCUCUGGAAGUAUCCCCACCGGAUUGUUUUUGGACACCACGUCAGACAAGAACAAAAACGAUGCCACUAAACACUUCUGCUUUGAGAACUACUCCAGGAAGCAGUGGAAAUCUGAGCUUAUAAAGGUGGUGGUGUUCAUCGAGACCGUGGGCUUCAUCAUCCCGCUGCUGGUCAACCUCGUCUGCUCCGCCAUGGUGCUAAGAACUCUACGGAAACCCCAAACUAUCAGCCGCGGCGGGAGCCUGAACAAGAGUAAAAUUUUGAGGAUGAUCAUUGUGCAUCUGCUCAUCUUCUGCUUCUGCUUCAUUCCCUACAAUGUGAAUCUGAUUUUCUACUCCAUGGUCCGCUCCAACGUUCUGAAGGGAUGCGAAGCAGAGGACGUGGUCAGGACCAUAUACCCGAUCGCCCUCUGCCUGGCGGUGACCAACUGCUGCUUCGAUCCGGUGAUUUACUACUUCACUUCGGAGACCAUUCAGAGUUCCAUCAAACGGAAGUCCACCGUCUGGUACAACGGCGCCAGGCUUUUUGAGAAGCUACAGGGCGACAGCUCGCAGAGCAGCCCCAGAACGACUCCUAAAAACGUGGCCAUGGUGCCGCUGAGCAAUAACGGUUUCACCAGUGAAACACAAGCCUAAAAGCAUCACCUUUCAAACAUGUAAACGCUCCUGAUGUCCGUCCGCCAUCUGGGCGUUUCCAAGACUUUCAACAGAGAAAGAGAAGUGUGUAUGAGGUGAAGUAAAUAUAGUGUUGUGUGACUGUAAAUUAAGAGCAGAAUUUCCCGCUUUGCCGAAGCAUGAACAGUAUUAUGAGUUUUCGCGUACCGUUCUUGAGUAUUUGUGGCACUUUAUAGAGCAGCAUGUGAGCGCUUUGGUAAUUCAUCUUGAAGCAAAUAAAC